AUUACCUUUGAGUCGAACGCACAAGUCUCCUGAAAUGUAUAAGCUGUUAAAUAUUAUUUUAAUAUUUCUGUUCAUCGUCGCUGACUGCAGUGCAGAAUUGGAUCCGAAAUGUCUUUUACCGUCGGACCCUGGGCUGUGCCUUGCUUUAGUGCCUAUGUACACGUACAACAGUGCGAUGAAAAUUUGUGAACCUUUCGCGUAUGGAGGUUGUCAGGGAAACGAGAACCGAUUCGCGAGUUUGGAGAAAUGUCAAGCGGCGUGCCACUGAAAUUGCUGGAAAAUAUCAUAAUAUAACUUGAAAUUAUUGCAAUAAAUUGUUUGAUAAGAUUUUAAUGAGUCUUUAGUUUAU